AUGGAAUGGAUUAAUGAGCAGCUGCAGCGGCUACAUGUUGAGGCUGCUGCUAAGGAAGCGAAGCUGGACGACCUGGAGAAGGAGCUUUGCAAGAAACCCAAGGACCAUGUCCUCCGUGGCAAACACGCCCGGUUGGUGGAGAAUCUCGCAGACCUAAAUGCCCGCCAGAAGAAUCUAGAGGAGAAGUUGGCAGCUGCGGCUAUGGGUGGCUCUGGCGUUGUUGCUGCUGCGGCUACGGAUGGCUCUGGCGUAGUUUCUGCUCCUUCCACAGUGUCUUUGGACCAGGGUGCCACACGCUUCUUUGCUGCACUGCGUACUGUGGCAGUGCCGGAUGCUGGCAAUCUGCUCACUGUGGGCAGUGGCGACGUGUCUUUCCUACUUCACAACCCAAACUACCAGCUGUAUGUUCGGAAGUGCUAUCCGGACCUCUUCUAUGCCCUCUACGAGUCGACAAGCAAGAAGCAUGUCGUUACCGGGACGCCUGGGAUUGGAAAGAGCUACUUCUUUUACUACAUGCUGUUGCGGCUGCUGCACAGCCCAUCGCCACCGCCCUUCAUCCUUUGGGAGCACUACGGAUUUCCUGGUGUAAUGGAGAAGGCGCGCGACGUCCUCGGCGAAGCCGCCCUGGGAGGACAGGCUUCUGUGCACCUCCGGGCUUCCAGGGUAUCCUGUCCUCCAGUAUUUGAUCGCGGGCGACUUUCCAUCGAGGUCUCCACCAUUGCGGGGCUGAUUCCGCAGGGUGGCUCGGCGGCGCUGGUGGGUCACCCUCCAUGUCGUCUGGCUCUGCGCGGGGAUGGUGUGGCUUCUUCGUGGUCGUGCUCCACACGACAGGCUUCCAGGGUAUCCUGUCCUCCAGUAUUUGAUCGCGGGCGACUUUCCAUCGAGGUCUCCACCAUUGCGGGGCGGAUCACCGGCGUGGUCCCUGUCGGCGGUGUUCGGACCGGCCCUUGCCGCCCCCGCGCCUGCGCCGGCGCGGGGGUUACGUGGCGCUACUGGCGUACAGUCGAGUCCCUUUUCUGCAAGCCAACGGGCAAGGCGGCCGCCGGAGAGCCGGAAGUAAAACUGUCGGCGGCGGAGGCGGCACCAAGGUCGCCAUUGCUGGAUGGCUUUGUACGAGUAGAGCUGGACGAGCAACUGGCUGCUGCCGCCGCCGCCGCCACUUACUCUCUGACGUCGGGUGGCAAGGCGGCGGGCAGGAGGGGGGGUGCCGGAUCGCCGGCGGCGGCGGUGGUGGUGCUGGUGCCGGCAGUGGGGUUGAGCUUUACGGGCGGGGCGGCCAUAAUCCCCGAACCGCUCCCUCCAGCCCCGGGGCGCCCUUGGUUCGGGCACGCGGGCAGCAAGCUCAUCACCGAGGCAUGGCUGCGGAGCAUACCCCGGCGGUUGGUACCGCUGCACCACUUGCUUGCUUGCGGCGGCGGGUAUCGGAACAGUGGCCCAUGGGAGUGUUCGGAGGAACUGGCACAGCUGACUGUGGCAUUACACGGCAGCGCGGUUACAGACAGCUCAUCCAUCACCUACGAGUCAGGGUGGCGACACUUUGUACACUUCUGCACGGAGGUCGCAGGGGUGCCGGAGGCGGGCGCCCUGCCCCGCCAGCGUGGGUCUGACCUCAAUCGGGACCUGGUCUGUCUGUUCAUAGCGCAUGCAGUUGGCCGGUACACGGCCUCCACCGUCAUCGGCACGCUGAGCACCCUGGCGGACUGGCAGUGGUUCAUGGGAGUCUCGCCAGAGGCAUAUAUCAGCCGCGACCCGCUGGUCAAGCGAACCCUGGGCCAAGCGUUGCUGCGAGGCUGGAGUCGGCAUCGACCAAGACGAAGGCACCCCUGCCCCUGGGGGUGCUGA